AUGGCCGACAUCGAUGAAACGAACGUCGACGACGAAGUCGGCUACGAGUACGACACGACGAAGAUCCCAGAGAUCGUGACGCCCGACGACAUGAACGAGUCGGGAUAUCAAGAGUCGGAGAAGAGUUAUGGGGACAGACGGGAUUCGAAGGAGGGCUUCGGGGGCGAGGGGGACUCGGACAGCGGGGUGGACGGAGUGAGCAGCGGGUGCAGCACGGUGGACGACUGCCCCGUGGUGUCGAUCAACGACGUGGUGGCGUACUACGACGUCAUCCGGCCGCGGCGCCGGUACGCCCCGCAACUCAACUACUACCAUGUGGACCUCGAGAGGAUGGCCUUGGACGCUGUUGUUCAGGUGAGUUCGAGUCACGAGUUACUUGUACUUAUUUUACUUAAUACCCUACACUUCGCUAUUAGAACCCCAUUUGCAACGUAG